UGGGUACACAUGGGGUAUGUACCCCGUUACAUGCAGGAACUCAAGCUUAUCGGGUGAAGGAAGAUCACAAGAACCGUGCGGCAAGACUGGAUAUGCCACUCCUGCGAUGGGCGUAGCUUAAUGGGAGGUGAGACACGAUUUGCGUACGUGUGAGCCAAAGGCUGUGGCUACCCGAACAUGAAAAAACUCGGUACUGUAGCGAUUCAUUUCCAACGAUGCCGCCGAAUCUUGGUUGAUGGUUGCUCUUCAACGUCCAAUCGUAACUGUUUUCUGAUCAUCCUUUUUCACUCAUGCCGCUAAAGCAAGGUAGCUCCUCACUCGUUUUCUCCUCAAGUUUUGUAGAUAACCUUAUCGUAAAAUGGCUACGGUUUCUUUAAAAACCAAGGGAAACACCCCUAUUUUGGAGCUCAUCCUUUGAGAUCCAACGUCUUUGCUAGACGCGCGCUCAUUUGAGAAUCUGCGGGAGAAAGACGAGAGGAAUUCAAUUGACCGACGCUAUGACUGCAGAAGCCGAGGUGGAGUUCGCCGUGCGCUUGCUGGGUGAUGCAAGCGAGAGCGUCAUGUGUCUAUUGGGAAGUGCGACGGAGCUUGGGGCUUGGGACGUCGAGAAGGCUGUUCCAUUGGAGCUGGCUGAGUGCCAGGAAAAUGAGAGCAAGUGGCGCACGACGAUCAAAUUCACACCGACCACCAAUACGCUCGAGUAUAAAUACGUGGUGAAGAACGCGCAAACGCUCGAACUGGUCUCGUGGGAGGGACUGCCAGGCAACCGGACGCUUACCAUUGCCCCCGGCACCAACGUCGCACUGUAAGUGUGCUGUAUGUGUAGAAAUGACGGAUUUGACUCACUUGUCCUUGUGGUUUACAGAGGGGCGCCUUCAUGUCAGAGCUCGACGUACACGACGUCACGCGCGCCAACGCCGGGACCUCGUGAUGCCAAACUGGGCAACAAUGGCAACACCAACGGCUUCCAAGAGUGGCGCUGUUGCCGCACCAAUAAGGAGACCAAUCCGUGGUGGGAAGUAGACUUGGGGCAGAACUACAAUAUCUCCAGCAUCCACCUGUGGAAUUCGAUGACUUAUCACGAACAGGCGAGACAUCCAGAGGGCCGUCCGCCCCUUACGUCGAAGGCGUCGACGUCAUCUCCGGCGCCUCCACAAUGGGCUUUCAUCUCGAAGGAACCGCUGGGUCGUGGUGAGGAUUCCUAUAAUGAAGCACAGGCCAAGGCAACAGCAGACUGCUCACCAGUGCGGGCGAUUCAAGUGCAAAGCUCGCAUGGCAGUCGAGUGCAGUCGCUGAACUUUGUUGGCGGUAUUUCUGUUCAGGGGCGCUACGUACGACUGCAGUGUGCUGGUGCCUCGUGUGCGCUACAGUUUGCUGAGCUGGAAGUCUUUACGCAGGAUCCUGUGGAUACAGUGGAUGGCAACGACAGACAACAGACGAUUGCAGCAUGCCACGCACAGGAUGAUGGAUUUUACGGUGUUCCCAAGGCAUUGGACUCGGACUUACGGAAGUAUGUGGAGACUGGAUGGCUGAACCCUGCCGCCGAUGUAGCAGAGCUGCAGGUAUGGGUUGGAAGCUUUGAUUCGAACAAGCCAGCCAUUCAGUGGUUGAGUGGUAACCAGGAGCACAGCCGCGUGGCAAUUGAAAUGCGCCAUGAAAAACAAAAGAAAAAAAGCAACGAAGCAGAACCGCACAAUGACGUUCAUACUCAUAAGCAGUCAGUGAAUACAUGGGAGUCACUUCCGGUAGAGUCCAAGAGUGCAUCCCUGCUCGACAAGGAAUCGACGGAACUGCGUAAACUUUUGGAAGCACAUCAGCAGGAGGGAGUCGACAUAGCAGCAUAUUUGAACAAUGACCCGAACGCGACGUCUUCAGCGCCAGCUCCAUCAAACGUGCCCUGGCUUUCGAGAUUGGCGUUUGUCAAGUCGCUUGAGGUAUCCAACGCGGAUGGUCUGGCUAAAGUAAUUGCCACAAGGAAGUACAAGAAGGGUGACAGCAUUAUACAGUACGCAGAGCAGAAACACGCUGUGUUCUACAUUGAAUCGGGCAACGUCGAGCUGCUCGGUCCAGAGUCAUCGACGGGCACGAAUGUUGUCGGGUCACUCGAAAAGGAUUCGAUCUUCAACGAGAUGGGACUCUUUAGUUGUUGGUCUAGACAGCCAGCAUUGUUCAAGGCUAAAGACAAAGUGAUUUGUCAAGUACUCGAGUUAGAAGCUCUGCUUAAAGCUCUGGGAAAGAGCAAAGUAGCUUCGAUUCGCGACAAUUACAUCCGCAGCAGACACAAAACGACAUCACUGCCUGAAGACAACAAGUUGCACUACAUGGAUGGCACACACGUCCAAGUGUUCCGUGUCAAAGUACCUGUGGGUGCUGUGGACGGCAGCGGAAAUAACACGAACGAACGAACUCACCGCUGGACGAUUGACAUCUAUGACAGCAAGAAGGAUGCACAGUCUGAAGUCGUCACAAGAAACGAGCUCUUGGGCUCCGCUUAUCUUCUUCCAUCGCAAAUUGACAAGCAGGGAGAAGCAGACCUAACGAUUCCGAUCCUCUCCUCAAACGAGGGCAUUGUCGGCCAGCUCUCACUGUCAUACUUGGCUUUGACUCCAUUCAUCCACCCCAAGAACAAUAUCGCGAACGUGUGGCGCUCCUACUGGCGUGAACGACCUCCGCUUACAAUCGGGCAUCGAGGCAUGGGACGAUCAUAUUAUCAGGUUGACGGACACCGCCUUGCGCUGACACGAGAAAAUACCUUGGCGUCGCUCAUUCUAGCUGGACGGAGUGGAGCUGACUUCGUGGAGUUUGACGUGCAACUGACUAAAGACCGAGUGCCUGUGAUCUAUCACGAUUUCAUGGUGAACGUUGGGUUGGAAGACAAGAGCGCAGGAUCGUUUGGGACCAGACCCGAGAAGUACGAGAUCGGUAUUCAUGACAUGACCUUCCGCCAGCUGACUCAGUCCUACACGACUCCAGUGCCACACAAGGGAAGCAAGACCCAACUUCUGCAGAACCGAGUGAAGAAGCACUGGGCGCGUCUACAAGGGGAUAAACAGAUCCCUUCACCAAGACGUGGACGCCUCACAAGCGAUGACAGCGCCAACGAAGAAGGUCAUCUCGUGGACUUCUUCCCUCGACUAGAGGAUCUGCUCAAGCACGUGCCAGCGGAGGUCGGUCUGAAUAUCGAGGUCAAAUUCCCAGACAACUACUUUAACCCGGGGAUGCGGAGUUUGAGCUGCUUCGCUAUCAAUGCGUACGUUGACAGACUCCUUCAGUGCGUCUUUGACUUCGCUGGCCCGCGUCGUAUUUUCUUCUCGUGCUUCGACCCGAAUGUUUGCAUCGCACUUCGCGCGAAGCAGGCCAAGUACCCCGUGCUGUUUCUGACCUAUGGCUCCAUGGCACCGCAAGCGUUUGAUGCGCGGAUGACGCUUCAAUUCGCCACCAAUUUUGCCAAGAUGGAGAAGCUGCAAGGCGUUGUAUCCAACUCCAACUCGUUCCUAGAGACGCCGGAACUUGCACCGCUCGUGAAAAAAUACCUGGGCACUGUGUUGAUCACGUGGGGCGAUCAGAACACGAAGCACGAAAUGGUACAGCUACAGAAGCGUCAUGCAAUCGACGGUGUCAUUAGCGACAACAUCAUUGAUCUUAUCAACCAGGACAAGAAACUGUUCGCGCUGACCAAGGUCUUUUAGAGCUACACCGAAGUGCACACUCUAUCAGCCUUGAAAUCAGCAUUGUUGUAUACAGUGAAUGCAUCAUCAGAUCCAAUUACAUGUACUAGAAACAUGUUCAACGUUUUCUCUAUGCAACAGACAAGCACUUUUUGCUGUUCCGAGUAUUUUCAAUCAGAUAAAAACACCGAAGGGAAGAAACAUA